CCGCACCGCGGGCGCAAGCUCUGACCCCUUCAGGUCUGCAGUCAGUGGCCCUCGGGGCAUCCCUGAUCAUUCGCGGCGAGAGGCGGAGCCGGAGCCUGGGGUCUGGGCUCCAGGAGGGCCCUAGGGAGGAUGAAGCAGGCCCUGGUGGACGAUACUGAGGAUGUGUCCUUGGACUUCGGCAACGAGGAGGAGCUGGCCUUUCGGAAAGCCAAGAUCAGGCACCCCUUGGCCACCUUUUUCCACCUGUUUUUCCGAGUGAGUGCCAUCGUCACCUACGUGUGCUGUGAUUGGUUCAGCAGAAGCUUUGUGGGCUGUUUUGUCACUGUGCUCCUCCUUCUGUCCUUUGACUUCUGGUCUGUGAAGAAUGUAACUGGAAGGCUCAUGGUGGGCCUCCGCUGGUGGAACCAGAUAGAUGAAGACGGGAAAAGCCACUGGAUUUUUGAAGCCAGAAAGGUCUCUCCAAAUAAUAUUGCUGCUACAGAAGCUGAAGCCCGAAUCUUCUGGCUUGGCCUCAUUAUUUGCCCGAUGAUUUGGAUUGUGUUCUUUUUUAGCACCUUAUUUUCCUUGAAGCUAAAGUGGCUGGCCCUUGUGAUAGCUGGGAUUUCUCUCCAGGCCGCUAACCUAUAUGGCUACAUCCUUUGUAAGAUGGGAGGCGAGAGUGACAUCAGCAAAGUCACAGCCGGUUUUCUGUCCCAGACGGUGUUCCAGACGGCCUGCCCAAGUGACUUUCAGAAGCCUGGCCUCGAGGGGCUGGAGAUCCACAAGUGCUAGGCUUAUCUUCAGAGGCGACAGCAGCUGAAGUGAGCGGGUCUAUAAUCAAACAAGCUUCCAGCAGAGAAGAACUCCACGACCUGCAAGUUGUUGGUUUUUCAGUGACGCAGGCCUUGGGAAAGGUUUGAAGAGAUGUUUUUAUUUUUUAAAUGGCAUAUCUGUAAAGAAUGCCCUUUAUAUAUGUUCUGAAGAAAACUGUACA